UGCGUUCAUGUGAUUAAGCAACUUUGUCUGAGUAUUAUUAUCACCGUUAUCUACAUUACGCUGGCUACAGCAAGGCGUUUAGCUCAGUGAAAUAAUACCGUCUUGAUUCAAACGGACUGGAUUUCAAACUCUCCCUUUAUUGUUCGUCAUGCAAUGGCAAAAAUACGGAGCUUCCCUUUUUAAUGCUUAACUUUACUGAUUUCCCUUUGACACACUAACGACUCUGAACACCAACCUUUAUUUUGAGGAGCUGGGGUUUUCACAGAUUUUGAAAGAAAAAAUGAAUCUGGAAGAGUAUUUCAAGAGGAUUGGUUUCCUUGGAGAAUUUUCUAAACCAGACCUUGAAACACUAAACCAGGUCCAUAAACACCAUGUGAUGUCAGUUCCAUUUGAAAACCUCAGCAUUCACUGUGGUGAGAAGAUCACUAUGGAUCUUGAAGUCAUUUUCAAUAAGAUUGUGAGGAGCAACCGUGGAGGUUGGUGUUGUGAGAAUAAUCUCCUCUUUUCCUGGGUGCUAAAAGAGAUGGGUUAUAGUCCAGUGAUGUUGGGUUCAAGAGUCUACAACAACACCACAAACCAGUUUAAUCCCAUGGACUCUCACCUCAUCAACAAGGUAAUCAUUAAUGGGACAGCUUACAUUGCAGAUGUGAGCUUUGGCGUAUCCUCCCAAAUAUGGUACCCUCUUGAGCUUGUCUCGGGGAAGGACCAGCCACAAUCCCCGGGUGUCUUCCGUCUGAUACAAGAUGGAGAACUGUGGACUUUGGAGAAGACAGCUCGAAAGCCUCUGGUUCUCAAUAAUGCUUUUGCCAACUCACCUCUGGUAAACAAGUGCCUAAAGAAGAAGAUCUAUGGCUUCACCUUACAUCCACGUGGGGUUGAUCAUUUCCUAGAGACUUCCCAUUGCCUUCAGACAGAUCCAAAUUCUCUGUUCACCAACAAGUCCAUCUGCUCAUUGCAGACGGCUAUAGGAUUCAGAGCCCUAAUUGGCUGGACCUUCAUUGAGGCCACCUACAACGACCAGGAUGGUGUUGAUGUUCUGGAUCUGAAAAACAUACCUGAUGACGAUGUGGAUAAAGUGCUGAAAGAAAUCUUUAACUUGUCGUUGGCAAACAAGCUGGUUACUAAAAACAACAAAGCUGAUUACACUGUUUAAGAACUUGUAACGUUUCUUAUUUUACUUAAUUGUAGUGUAGCCUCUGAAGUGUUUUUUCUUAAUGCAAACUGCAGAGCAUACAAUAUUUCCUGAUUUCAAGAUUGUGUCAAAAAAGGCAAUCAAAAUGUGUCAAAAAAGGCAGUGUCAAAAAAGGCAAUCAAAAUGAUUUAAAGAUUGCUUUACGAGUGAGACAAUAAAAUGCUACAUAGACUAAUCUUAAUAAUAAUAAUAACUAUUUGUAUAGCACUUCUAGUACAGUUACACAAAGUGCUUUACACACAAUAAUAGAAAUGCAUCAAAAUAACAAUUUAUAUAAAACAUAUUUUUAAAAAGUAAAAGAAAAAAGAUGUAUAAAAUCACAAUGAUAAAAUGUUUGUAAAAGCCAUCUUAUAAAAAAUUGUUUUUAGUUAAGAUUUAAAAGAAUGCACUGAUGUAGAAUCUCUGACAUUCUGUGGUAGGCUGUUCCAGAGUCUAGGGGCCCUUAUGGCAAAGGCCCGGUUCCCUUUAGUUUUAGUUUUCAGUCUAGACUGGGCGAGAUGAAAUGAGAGCAUGUAUAAUUUUCUCAGUGUCCUCAUAUUGUAAAACCAAUCUUAUUUUGGCAAUGUUUCUAUGUGGAUAAAAGUAUGUCUGUACCAGUUUUUGUGUUAUUCAAAUUGUAAGUCUGGAUAAAAGAACACCCAAAUGUCUGGCCAUAGGCACAAUAUUUUUUGCUAGCGAUCCUAGAGCCAACUGAACUUCAUCUGAAAUAGAUGGGGGGCCAAUAAUUAAAACUUUGGUUUCAUCAGAAAAUUAUUGUCAAUCCAGUUUGUAACAUCUUCCAGGCAAUUAUGCAGAACACAACUUGCUUACGUCAUUUGGCUUAACCGACAAAUACAACUGUAUAUCAUCUGCAUAAUAAUGAAAAUAUAUGUAAUGCUGCCGAAUUAUACUACAUAAUGGAUCAUUAAUCAUACUAAUCAUACAUACUAAUCAUUAAUCAUAAUCAAUCAUAGUCAUACUAUCUAAUGGAUCUUAGUUUGCAUAAUCAUUAUCAUGGCGUUUGACUGUACACCGUCAUGUUUGAGACCGGGGGGGGGCUUGAUUGACAGUAUGGCGUAUGCUAGCUCAAAAAGUGGCAUCUCGAGCUAUCAUAUCUGCAAGUUUACACAGAAAUAUCUGCAAGUUUAAAACAAAAUAAUCUAGUCUAAAUUCUCAUGUCUUUUUGGAUAUGCCUCAGAAAAUGUCACGUAAUGUAAAUAAGCCCUUGGUUUCUGGACAACAAAUAUUAUAGUGCCUAUAAGACAAUUAUUGAUUGAUUGAAAUUGAAUUUCUGUGGAUGUGUGUAUUACAUAUGUUGAUUGUGUUUUUAAUGUUGUGAUACAGCGGUCAGCUUUGAAUAAAACUUGGAUCUCA